AUUUUUGUUGUUUGUUCAAUUUAAGUAAUUAAAAUGAGAAGAUAUGACUUAAAUAUUGAUUAAAAUCAUUUGAGCUUAAUUGAAUUUAAUUUAGUCAACAUAAUUUAGAGAAAAAUAGGUUUACAAUUUUUUUUCUAGUUGAGUCAACAUGAACAUUUUUCGUUAAUCAUAACCGGAUGUACGUCGUCAGCCGAAACGGAUGAAGAAGCACUGUUCAGCGCCAAAAGAACAUGUGAGAUUGUAGUAGACACUCAUCAAAGUAUUGGAACUGUUUUUAAGUGACUACAGGUUUUAGUACACUGUUAUUUUAUCAAGUAUUGCAAUUGCUUUUAACUGACUAGAGGUAGGUGCAAAAUCAUUAUGUAAUAAUGGUCCAGAAAUUCUUAACCCCCCCCCACAAUUAUUAUUAUUUUUUUUGUCCUACAGUGCAUGUGGAAGUGUAAACAGUGUACUGCUGUGGAAUCCAGUAGGCCUGGUUUGCUUAAACAUUACAGACUAAAGCACAGACAUUAUACUUGUAGCAGGCGUUAUCCAUGUCCAUAUUUGACUUGUCAGUGUACCUUCAAAACAUGGAAUAGCCUUUGUAUACAUUUAAGUAGAGUCCACAAAACGCAUGCGUCACAAGAACAAAUCCCUUUGUCAACGUUUAGUUGCCCUGUAUGUACAUGUAGUGAUCUUGCAUCUGAAAGGGAAUUUUUCCUGCAUCAUAAUACACAUUUACGGAGUAAUGAGACAGUCCAGUGUGUAUUUAUUGGUUGUAGCUUUGAGACAAAUAUAUAUGCAACUUUUCAGUCUCACAAGAACAGAAAGCAUAAUUCACAUUCAGUCAAAGAUUUCAAGCCUGGCAUAGUUAAAACUGCAAGGGAUUUUGAUGACUUGCAAGAGCACGUUUUGGAGGAUGACAACACAUGUACUGUAGAUGAAACAGUUAGUGUUCAUCACAGCAGUGAUUCUGUGGAAUUAGACUUGUCAAAAAUAAUUGAGAAUAAUUUUGCUGCAGCAUUGUUAAAAUUAGAGCAUGUUAGUCAUGUGCCAGCUACUGUAGUGAAUGAAUUUUUAGAGGAAUUGCAUUUUUUGCAUACAUCUGCAUCUGUGCCCCUAUCGAUUAAUAGUAUUCACGACAUAUUGCACAGCCAUAACAUUAUUGUAGAUAAAGCAGUUAUACAGGAAAUAGCUGCAGCAGCCUCUUCCUCUACCCCUUUGUUCAAAGCUAUUAGCAAGGGUGGUCUCCUUAGCUCUGAUUAUCUGCGCAAGAAAUAUUACAAAGAUAAUUUUCAUGUUGUAGAGCCAAUUGAAUACAUUCUUGAUUUUAAAGAAAACCGAACAUAUCAGUAUAUUCCCAUACUGCAAUCUUUACAGCAGAUUUUGCAAAGUAGAGAGGUUGUGGACGACAUCGUUCAGAACCACAACGGUCAGCAGCAUAGUGGUGGUAUUAAAGAAUACAGAACAUUUAAGGACGGCAAAAUUUACAGAGAGAACAGUUUUUUCUCAGUGGAUGAUUUACGACUGUCUUUAAGUUUAUAUGUGGAUUAAUUUUGAAGUUUGCAAUCCCCUUGGCACAUCUAGAAAAAUACACAAACUGUGCAAUUUAUUGGAUUUUAAACAAUCUAACUCCUGGAUCACAUUCAGUUUUGUCUAAUAUUUACUUAGCAGUGCUUUGCAAAACUGAUGAUGUAAAGAAAUUUGGGUACCAUAGAGUUCUGGAACCUCUCAUUCAAGAUUUGUGUACUCUUGAGGAACAUGGAGUCUUUGUCUCUCAGUUGGGUAAAUUUCUCAAAGGGGCUCUUCAAUUUGUAGUGGCAGAUAACCUUGGAGCGCAUGGGAUAGCAGGCUUUAUUGAAAAUUUUUCUGGAGAAUAUUUCUGUAGAUUUUGCUUAGCAAAACGCUCAGAUAUUCAGACAAAUGAGGUCCGCUCUGGUUGUUUUGUACGAAGGUCAAAAGAAGGUCAUGAAUCUCAUGUGAAGCUGGCUAAGCAGACAAAUGCUCCAUCCUUUGGUGUUAAAAAAGAGUGUGUGUUCACAAAGCAUCUUAAACACUUCUGUGUUAUCUCUGGUUAUCCACCAGAUAUUCUGCAUGAUCUUUUGGAGGGAAUCGUGCCAGUUGAGCUUGCACAGUGCCUUGCAGUUCUUGUAUCUAAAAAAUAUGUCACUGUUGAACAUCUCAACAAAAUCAUAGUUAAAUUCCCUUAUACAGGAACAGAUAAGAAAAACAAACCACAUGUGAUACCACACAACUUUUCCAAAAGAAACACCAUUGGGGGCAAUGGACAUGAAAAUUGGACACUGUUAAGGUUGCUUCCAUUGAUGCUUGGGCAUUUGAUUCCAGAGGACGAAUUGGCAUGGCAUGUUCUUUUGGAUUUGAAGGACAUUGUAGAACUUUCUGUUGCAAGGUUUCACACAGAUGACACAAUUGCAUAUCUUGAAUGCAAAAUUACUGAGCAUAGACAGAAGUACACAGAGCUUUUUCCAGGAAUUGUUCUUCGACCGAAACAUCAUUUUGUAGAACACUACCCUGAGCUCACAAAGUUAUGUGGUCCACUUGUAGGGCAGUGGACAAUGUGUUUUGAAGCUAAGCACAGCUUCUUCAAGCAGGUCUCAAAGCAUACAAAAUGCUUCAAGAAUGUGCCACUGUCAUUAGCAGUGAAACACCAGCUAAUGAUUUCCUACUACACAAGGCCUUGUUCCCUACAGAAGCUUGACUAUGAAGCCCAUGAUGUAUCAACUGUUUCAGUUGAUGUUUUGAAUCUGGCAGCUGCUGAGAAAAUUAAAUUGAAGUAUCCUAAUACAACAGAAGUACACCUUACCAAAUGUGUGAACAGUAAGGGUGUUGAAUUUAGAAAUGGAAUGAUAGUUCCAUAUGGAUCCACAAGUGGGCUGCCAGACUUUAGUGAGAUCCUUCAAAUCUGCAUGGUCCAGGAAAGAUUGUGCUUCAUUGUGAAGAGGCUCUCAUCAUGGUACAGAGAGCACAACCGUGCCUUUGAAGUAAAUCCAACAAGUGACAUCUCCUUGGUUGAAGUUGAUGAUUUGCUAGAUUCUUACCCUCUGGCAGCCUACUCUACUGAACGUGUGAGGAUGGUUACUUUGAAACGAUUUCUGACUGUGACAGAUUAGGAAAGAUUAAUUCAGGAUGGCAUUCAAACUUCAGGUCAUAUGGGAAAAUGAAAAUUCACAGAAGCUCACGUUCAAUGAUGGCUUGCCAGCAUCUGUAAAUGAACUGUCAAAAAAGAUAGAAGAUGAAUGUGAUCUCCAAGGGCAGCAAUUUCGUCUUCAGUACAUGGACAAAGACUUCAAUAAGUUCAUGAAUCUGAAAUCUGUCUCUAGCCUCAGUGACAAAGACACUCUCAGGGUUGUUUUUUUGACCUCAAGUGCCAGUUCCGUGAGCGAUGUUCCUGUGGUCAGUCCUGUUGCCCAUUGUCAUUCUUCUGACUCCUAUGAUGCUGACAAUGAGAGCUUCUGUACUACAACUUCGGACACUGACAUUUUGUCAUCUUCUGAUUCCACAUCAGCAAGGUCAUCCUUAUGGCCAUCACCAUUCGUUUUGCCUCGCUUCUCUUACGAUGUGCAAUUAAAACUGGAUCAGGGCAACUCAGCAUUCCGGUCCAGUGGCAAAUUUUUGACUCCAGACCCCAAACUUAAGUCAGGUAUUUUAGAUGCUUUGGCAGAGGAAAUUAUCAACUUCAAGGCAUAUCCGUCUGACUCAGAAUUUAGUGAUGUAGCUGAAGCACUGGUAGACAAACACCCGUGCCUCAAAGAGCAAGGUUCUGAGAGCGGCUACAGUGGAUGGAAGAUGAGUUUAAAAUUUAAGCUUGCCAACUACAGGAGAACAUUGAGAGGACUGGGGUGCCCUGAAGUGACUGUUAACGCCCUUAAGCGCAAACCUGAAGGAAAGCAUAGCCCUGCCUAUGGGAUAAAAAAACCUAAAAAGGCAGAAGUGAACUACUGCCCAGUAUUUCCUCAAGGUGAAACAACAGAAAGCCAGGAAAAGAUGAGGGUGGAACUCCUUGCUGAAUUGCAAAAAAACAACAACAAUGAAAUUGUGAGGAAGUUGAUGGACAUGACUUUUGCGUACAGAAGGCAUGAAGUUGUCCAUGAUUCCCCUUUUGUUGCAGACUUCAAAAGCAGAUGGCCUGCUCUUUUCCAAGUGCGUGAGAUAAAUGCUGAAUUUCGUCGCAUCACAACCCUACCUUUACAGUCCAAGUUCAUGUCCCAACUGGAUCGGUUCUCUGAUGAUCUACUGAAAGUAUUUAGCAAAAAGGGUGGAGUAAUCAGAAAAAGGAUUCAGGAUGCAAUGGUGCCAAUCUCUCAGAAUGACAACAUUGAGACUAAGCGAGAAUGCAUUCUCAAGGGGCUGUGCAUCUAUCUGAAUGAAGAUCCACAACAUCUGGUGAAGGAGUAUUUGGACUCAGAGGAGAGCACCGAGGCAGACAUUAAGAAGACCACAUUGGGCAUCUAUGUCAUAAAGCAUGAAUCUGCAGAUGCGACAGAAGACCCAGAAGACGUAGGCAUUGUGCUGGAAGGUGUGGAGGUACUUUCUGGAUUGGGUAAUGUACUGUAGCAUUGGCUACGGCCAUGCUAGUUGGCCUUAUAUACUCUUUGAAUCUUACAUAUCCACAAGAGCUCCGUUACACAUUUGAGGUGCUGCAGAAAAUCAUUCUGGAGCUUGACUCUAAAAAACUCUCUAACAAAGCUCAAUCCUUGAAGACCAAACUCUUCACCUAAGACUCAUGGAAAUUAAGGAUCCCUUUGUGUUGUAUGGAAUUUCUCACUCUUGAAUUUCACUUUGCACAUUCUUUUUCAAGAAGAGGACAUUGUAUUUUUCAUUUUUAUUGUAUUUUUUCAUUUUUGUUUUAUUGAAAACAUUUUCAGUUAUGAAAAACUGUUCUUGUGAAAAAAAAAUUCCUUUCUGACGACACAUUUGAAGUUACUAAACUACUAAUUUAAUAAUAGUUAUGAGUUUAAAUUCUGGAUAAUGGUAUUUAUUUUGUGGAUUGUUGUGCUUUUGUACUGGCACUUGAUAUUUUGCACUUUGAAGUGAAAUUGUUGAUUUCUUUUUUGCUCAUUAGUUUGAGCAGAGGUUACUGCCUAUCAUAUUUUUUUGUUUGAUUUGAUUAUUUUGUGGAUUGUUGUGCUUUUGUACUGGCACUAUAUAUUUUGCAUUGAUAUUUUGCAGUUUGAAGUGAAAUUGGUUUUCUUUUUUGCUCAUUAGUUUGAGCAGAAGUUACUGCUUAUUAUAUAUUUUUUGUUUGAGUUAAAUACAGAUUUUUCCAAAAUAUA